AUGUGUUGUGGAAGCAGUCGACGACAUGGUGGCCGCAGAGUCCGCCGCAAUGGCAGCGAUAGUGAUGCCUACUCAGUAGCCUAUUCCGACGUCACCGAGGGCCGCAGGCCUUUCAUCAUGCGCAAUAUCCGCCCUUCUGGCUUCCCCAUAGUGCAGCCGACCGAGCCGCAAACUGUCGCCACUGGGGCCCUUUGUCUUCCGAGAUCUCCGAAUAGAUCUCAAGAGGCCUGUCUUAGUACAGCAGUGGCCCCUGAAGCGGCGAGAUCUCCCGAAGAGAUGUUGGUUGGCGAAAGAAUCACCUCCCAGGUUGUCAAACGAACCGAAGAGGGCUCUCCUAGUUCAACAGUGUCCUUCGCCUGGGUGGAACUUCUGAUAUUCUGCAGUCUGUUGGUACAACUUGGAAGGAUCAAGGUGGUGGGAAUGUUUGGGUAA